AUGGCAGUGGAUCGUCUCUGUUUCGUACUACCCGCCGAAUCCGGCGAGUUAAAGCCUCCCGUCGAGUCACCGGCGAUGGCUGAUGAGUCCAAAGAAGAGGAGAAGAAGAGUCGUGAUUGUGGACAUCAAGUUGUGACUUUGAUCGGUGAUUUAUUCCAGCGAUUACAGAGCUCAAAAUUGGUGAAAAGCUUGAAUCUUUGUAUCAACAAGAGCAGAGAUUCGAUUUAUCCGGAGAUUGGUAAGCCUUUCACUGACAUGGAAGGUGUUCAGCUUUCCGAUAAAAUCGGUUGCGAGAACCCGAGAAUCUUUGGAUACUCCGAGCUCUACAUCGGAUCCAACGGUUUCAGCGAGGAAAUGAUUCUCGGAAGCGGCGGUUUCGGCCGGGUUUACAAGGCGCUGUUACCGAGCGAUGGGACCACCGUAGCCGUGAAAUGCCUGGCGGAGAAAAAAGGAGAGCAAUUCGAGAAGACCUUCGCGGCGGAGCUUGUUGCGGUGGCUCAGCUCCGGCACCGGAAUCUCGUGAAAUUGAGAGGUUGGUGUCUCCACGAAGACGAAUUGCUUCUCGUCUACGAUUACAUGCCUAAUCGGAGCUUAGACCGUGUGCUUUUCCGACGGCUAGAGAUGAAUUCCGAUUUCAAACCGCUGGAUUGGGAUCGGAGGGGUAAAAUCGUCAGAGGACUCGCCGCCGCGUUGUUCUACCUCCACGAGCAGUUAGAGACGCAGAUUAUUCACCGCGAUGUGAAGACGAGCAACGUGAUGCUGGAUUCCGAGUUUAACGCACGACUCGGCGAUUUCGGGCUGGCUCGGUGGCUUGAACACGAGAUUGACGACGAGACUGAGUUCGAUCCGAGUUACGACUCGGUUUCCUCGUUCCGUAACCACCAGUUCCGAGUUGCGGACUCGACGCGAAUCGGUGGGACCAUCGGGUACUUACCGCCGGAGAGUUUCCGGAAAAAAACCGUCGCCACCGCGAAAACAGACGUGUUCAGCUUCGGCAUCGUGGUCCUCGAAGUCGUCUCCGGGAGACGCGCCGUCGAUCUUUCGUUCUCAGAAAACAAAAUCAUUUUGCUCGAUUGGGUUCGGAGAUUAUCCGAUGACCGGAAAUUGCUCGCCGCGUGCGAUUCUCGUCUACCUAAAGGAUCUUACGACCUCUCCGAUUUGACCAGGAUGAUUCACCUUGCUCUGCUCUGUUCGUUAAACAACCCACACCUUCGUCCCAACAUGAAAUGGGUGAUCGGAGCACUUUCCGGCGACUUUUCCGGUAGCUUACCGGCUUUACCUUCCUUUAAGAGCCAUCCUCUUUAUAUCCCUCUAUCAUCUAUAAAAUCAACCUCCACGUCAGCUACGACGACGACCACCACAACAACGAACCCAACCACCUCAACGACAAGCCUCAACGCGUCUUCCGAGUCAACGCCGACGUCAAAUUACGUAACUGCCCUCGAGGAUUCCAUUUACGAGACGGCGGAGACUGGAGGAGAAAACCGGUAUUUCAAUAACAGCAGCCGUCGGAUGACGCCGUCAAAGUCUUUCGUAUUGGACACGCCAAGAGAGAUUUCAUACAACGACAUCGUUUUAGCUACUGACGAUUUCUCAGACGCGCGUCGCGUCGCGGAGGUCGAUUUCGGUACGGCUUAUUACGGUUUACUAAACGGAGACCAGCAUAUCGUGGUGAAACGUCUCGGUAUGACGAAAUGUCCAGCGCUAGUAACCCGGUUCUCCACCGAACUACUUAACCUAGGCAGGCUUCGCCACCGUAACCUAGUCAUGCUCCGAGGAUGGUGCACCGAGCACGGCGAAAUGCUCGUUGUAUACGAUUAUUCAGCGAACCGGAAGCUGAGCCAUCUUCUUUUCCAUAACCAGAUACAGGGGAACACGGUUCUGCGGUGGAAAAUCCGGUACAACGUGAUUAAAUCGCUUGCUUGCGCUGUACGUUACCUCCACGAGGAAUGGGACGAGCAAGUCGUUCAUCGAAACAUAACUUCUUCAACAAUCUAUCUCGAUAAAGACAUGAAUCCGAGGCUAUGCGGGUUUGCGUUGGCCGAGUUUUUAUCUAGAAACGAUCAUGCGCAUCAAGCGGCGAAGAAGAAAGGAUCCGCUCAAGGGAUUUUUGGCUAUAUGGCACCGGAAUACAUGGAAUCUGGAGAGGCAACAACGGCGGCGGAUGUAUACAGCUUUGGUAUUGUGGUGCUCGAGAUGGUUACGGGUCAGCCGGCGGUGGAUUACAAGAGGAAGAAAGAAGAUGCUCUUUUGGUGUUGAGAAUCCGGGAACUGGUUGGUAACCGGAAAAAACCGUUGGAGGAGAUUGCAGAUGUUCGUCUUGAGGAUGAGUACGAGAGGAGAGAUAUGGCGAGGUUAUUGCGGUUAGGGUUGGUUUGCACGAGAACCGAUCCGAAGCUGAGACCUAGCAUUAGCCAAGUGGUGUGUAUAUUGGAUGGAAGUGAGAGGUUUUUUGAAGAGAAAGGAGGGAAAGAAGGUGACGUGAGCCGGAAGCAAAUGUAUGAUUCGUCUAUGUUGAUGAUUAGACAGAUGCAAGCGCUUGGGAUUCAUUGA